AUGGCUGAAAAGACAGCGCCCUUUGAAGGCACGACACAUAGGCCGCAAGCGCGUGAUCGACUCCAAGAAGCCGAAGAUCCUCCAAUACCAACAUAUGCGGAAGCAAGCGGCUACGCGCCACCUCCAGGACCACCACCAAGUGCGAUCCCAGCCGUGCCUUUAGGGCCGCCUCCAACAAAUGUACCGCGCAGCGAAGUUGUGUCGCCGCCUGCUGCAGACGAGCUCCCCGGUUACGAUACUAUAGAUCCCAAGAACACCGAGUUUCUGCUCUACAGCACAUUCAUCCACACACCUACCAGUCCCGUCUACCAGCUUUCGUCCCCUCUUGACUCGUUCAACUCGCCUUUGCGAAUACGACGGUUGCGCGCUUCCGAGCUUCAACUCGCCCACGAGGUACCUCUCCACUUCGACCACGCCCAAACCCUCUACGAGAUCUCAGAUCCGCCCUUUCGCGAGAACGAAUACUACAUGGUGGGCAAAAAACCGCACUGCUACGGUGGCACACUACAAAUUACCUUUGGCUGGAAAACGUGGCACAUUCGACACAUCGCCGGGCCAAACUCUGCCGUAAGGGAGAUCAUUACUUGCAGGAAGGUCAGCGCUGGGGGUGGACUGUUCAGCAAGGGCAAGUCGAAGAGUGGAGCUGUGGAGAGAGACGGCCUUACCGAACCUUUUGAGUGGAGAGACACAGCUGGCAGACUGUUGGCGACAGAAGGGCUCCAGCUGCUGCCUAGCGGCGUUGUGCCGACUGUGCGCUUGAGUGAGGACCUGGAUACCAUGUGGAGGGAGUUGAUGAUCAGCUUUUGGAUGGCUAGGUUGUGGGCGACGUUCAGAUGA